AUGCCCUCCGUCCCUCUCCGGAUCCGUCGACCCGUCUCGUCCCGGACACGUCAGUCCCGCAAGCCCGGCAAGGCGUGCGUUGCUGGCCCUGGUUGGCGAAGGGAGGGAUCGCCACCACCCCCUCCUCCAGACUCGGCAUACAUAUCGAUGGCUGUCGGGGGCCUUCAGUCACCACCCGGCCAUGGCCGAGCCAAGGGCUGGUUCCACUCUGGGGCUGCCGCCGGGCCAACCGCCGGCGCCGCCUCUCCAAAUCACAUAACACCCUACAUUGUUACGUGUGAGGGCGCAGAUAUGACAGGCGCCAAGUCCACGAUGGCAAUUGGAGCCACUGAAAAGACAUAA